AUGUAUCAUCCAAAACAUGCUCACUACAACAAGGAGCAUACCAAACAUCCACUCAACCUCGUUCCACAACAUGAAUCGUCCAGCUAUUCGAAUCAAUCCACUGAACAAUCACCUCGAAUCGAAAUUCCCAAUCAACAACCUCAACAUAUCAACGUUAAACUCUUAGAAUUUGGUCAUAUUUACUUCUUUUACAAGCCAAAAGUCAUGCAAGAACAUGUCAACAAUUUGGAUCAAGUUCAGAAACUCUUAAUGGUACUGAAACCAGAUCAAUCUCAAGGAGAAUUGAAGAAUAGAGUGAUUAUUAUUCCAAAGAAGACACUUCCUAAACAGGGAGAGAAAAGACUUGCUAUUGUGAGUCAAGUAGAUUCGUCUAUUGAUUCGAUUGUAAACGAAAGUUUGUCAGAAGAACAUUAUGAAACCUUUACGAGAGGAGAUAGAGUCAUUCACUCGAGUAGACCACUUGCUUUCGGAUUGUAUGAAUUGAUUGAACACAAUCAGAAUCAUACUCACCUUUCGUAUGUGAUUGAAUUUCCGAAAUUCUUAGAAAAUGAAUCUCCAAACAAGAUUCAAACUCAAUUUGGAAUUGAACAUGCUGGUACGAUGGUAGUGAGUGUAAAAAAUCCUCAAACUAAUCUAAACUAUUCGAAAGGUCAAAGUACUUCAAACUUGUACAAUCCAAGAGAAGAUAUUUCAAUUCAUGGAAAGGAAGAGGAAAUUAAAAAGAUUUUCGGUGAGAGAAAGUUUCACUCUGCAAACCCACCUUCCUUAUUAAGCAUUGAGGAAAUGCAAUUAUUAUUGAUAGGAACAACACUCGACUCAAAUGAUAGAACUGUUCAACAAUGGAGUUUGGAAUUGGAACAAGAAGCUCAUGAAGAAGUUGAUUCGUACAUGAUAGAUUCGAAAGAAGAUGAAGACGAAAUGGGUGUUGAAGUUAUUGAGAAGGAAUUGAAUUUACCUCAAGAUACACUAAUGGAUUCUCUUACAAAGGGAAAAUUCGUCUAA